AUAUAUGAAUUUGAUACACUAUCUGUGAUAUAUGAUAUUCUAAUUGUGGUCAUAUGCUCUAGAGGUGGAUUCCCUUUGUGUUAUGUAUCAAGUAUAAGGUGUAUUUACAUAGAUACACCUUGGUAGCCAGAUUUCAAAGUGGUACUAUUAACUCAUAUUGUUGUAUCGUUUUUUUUGCUAAGUGGCCUGUUAAAAAUGGAGAAAACCUAUUUUCUCUUUGAGACCGCCGCUGGCUACGCGUUGUACCAUAUUGACGAAUGGGAUCAAAUAGGUCACGUUGAUGCUAUGGAUGAAAUAUGCAGAUCAGCAGAGCGUUUUAAGGAAUCCAUCCACUUUAAGGCUUUUCAACCCUUUACUACUGCUGCGGAUGCUCUGGAGAACAUUCGAGCAGUAGUUGAUGGCGAAGUCACAUCCAUGCUGUCUGCUUUCUUGAGUCUCAAUAUGCCAAAGAAGGGUGCACGACUUGCUGUGGUUGAUCCAGCCCUGGGUAAAUCGCUAUCGGCUAAAGGAUUCCAGGUACUCUACGACAGUAAUGUGAUUGAAAUACUUCGAGGCUGUCGUCAACAUGAGAUGAAGCACAUAGCAAAGUUAGCUUCAGGUGCAUCGGCAUUUGAUAUGGAUAAGUUCCAUGUUGGUUUAGGUCACAAUUACAGUCGUACGAAGUUACAAGUUGACCCUAGGCGUCACGAUAAGCCUGUUGUCAACUGUGUCGCACUUUUGGAUUCGUUGACUAAGAAUUUAAAUUCAUUCGCUAUGAGAGUGAGGGAGUGGUACGGAUGGCAUUUUCCGGAAUUAGUGAAAAUAGUCCCCGAUAACAAGCUUUAUUGCCAGACUGUGCAAAUUAUACAGUGCAAAAAUAAGUUCGACUGGUCUACACGGAUUGAUGAAUUGAAGCAGCUUCUAAAUGACGAUGAGCUUGUCUCAAGUAUACAAAAGGCAGCUAAUCAAUCCAUUGGUCACGAACUUUCAGAUGCUUGUAUGCAGAACAUAUACAACUUCGCUUCACAGGUAGUGAAGCUCGAGGAGAUGCGUGAGCGGUUGAACGUACAUCUGGGCAACAAACUGGCAAUUACAGCCCCUAACCUCAGCACUGUGGCUGGCAACGUGUUAACCGCAAGAUUGAUAUCACACGCAGGUUCAUUGGUCAACCUUGCUAAAAUGUCGGCAAGCUCAAUACAGAUUUUAGGUGCCGAAAAGGCAUUAUUCCGAGCACUCAAGACGCGUUCCAACACACCAAAGUAUGGCCUUAUAUUCCAAUCCACUUUUAUCGGCAAGGCCAGUGUAAAACACAAGGGACGUGCAGCUCGCUAUUUGGCGAACAAAUGUGCCUUGGCUGCGAGACUCGACUGUUUCUGUGAUGUGAAUUCUAACGUCUACGGUAAGCAUAUGGUCGACCUCCUGGCGAAGCGGAUGGAGUACCUAGCUGGAGGCCCAGUUCACGAAACUAGCAUUGAGGUGAUGAAAGCUGCUUCUAAGGAGUAUGAAACACUGAAAAGCCAACUAGUAAGUGAGAGCAAAAGUGAUCAAGUAGUGACUUCUUUAGAUACCACUAACGACGUGGAUAACAUAGAACCCAAGAAGUCUAAGAAGCAGAAGAAAAAUAGCACUAUCGUAGACAACACUGUAGCUGAGGUUGAACCCGAAAAGAGGAAAAGAAGUAAAGAGAAAAAAUCAAGUGAAGGUAAGACAGAUGAUUCAUCUGUAGAAAAAAGCGCUAAGAAAAGCAAAUCCAAGACUGAUAGUACUCCAGUAGAAGAUACAAGUAAACCUGAGAUGGGAACCACAUCGGAAUCGAAAGCAGAAAAGAAGCAUAAAAAAUCAAAAGUUAAAGAAGUUGACUUACAAAAAAGCUCGGAUUCAACAAAGAAAUCUAAAAAGCAAAAGAAGGGCUCUGAAUCCACGUGAUUAAGUAUAGGUACUGAAAGUUAAUUUAAUUAUUACAU